AUGAGCUACCAAACGACGACGGAGGCGCAUCGGUACCGUUAUGUCGAAGGAGAGAGGGAGGGGAGGGGGGAGACGGCCUCUGGGAGUAUAUACGAUCGUCCUGUGCGUGCAGAGCCGGUAGUAACGUUCCGCCACCUGCUCAGCACGACAUUCGAAGCGUCGAAUCCGUUGCGCGUCAUUGCGCACUGCGACGUCGAUGCGGCGUACGCGCAGUUUGAAGCGGCGCGGCUGGGGAUCGACUGCAAAACUACGCCACUUGCUGUGCUGCAGUGGACAAGCCUGAUUGCAGUGAAUUAUGCGGCGCGCGCACACGGCGUGAACCGCUUCAACUGCACGCUCGAGCAGGCCAAAGAGCGGUGCCCGUCGCUGCAGCUUAUCCACGUCGCGUCGUACGGGCCCGGGGACGAUACGCCGCAGUACUACAAGAACCCAAGCAGCAAGACGCACAAAAUUUCGCUGGACCUCUAUCGGCGAGAGUCGAAAAAGAUUAUGGAAAUCUUUCAGCGGCGGCUGCUGCACCACUCGUCCGGCACGCACCUGGGCUUUGACCUCGCACCGGUGGUGGCCGACUGCUGGGCACCGAGCCUGCUUGCGAUGCAAGAGGGGAGCGUCGACGACGAUAUCCUGUUUGAGAAAGCGUCGAUCGACGAGUCGUUCUUUGACCUCUCUGUCUAUGUGCGCAAAGAGCUCAUGCACCGCUUCCCUCUACUCGAUAUUCGCAGAGACGUCGAGCGCGCGACGGCCGAGGAACGUGCACCAAUGCUCGAUGCGCCGCUUCCCCCGCUGCCGUUGUUUGUCAAGCAGGAGCUUGUCAAGAAGUCUUGGACCUUGCUCGGCGCUUGGUGGCCGUCCGAGCAGGAUAAUGUCGACACGACGCAGCAGGCGUCGCAAGCGUCUGACGACGAGGCGGCGAUUACCGACAUGACGUGGUUGGAUGUGGCCUAUUCCAUUGCUGCAGAGCGCAUGAUCGCCGUACGCAAGCACAUUGUCGAGCAGCUCGGCUACACGACAUCGGCGGGCAUUGCAGAGAACAAGGCACUGGCCAAGCUGUGCUCGUCCCAUCGCAAACCGUGCAGCCAGACACUCUUGCUGCCGCGGUACGUGCUCGACUUUCUGGAGCCCCUUCCUUUUCGCAAGAUCCGCUUCCUCGGCGGGAAGCUCGGCGCAGAGGUCGCGGAUGCGUGGGGGGACUCGACCGUCGGCGAGCUCUGGCCGAUUUCCGCGUCCGAGAUGCAGAGCCGGUUCGGUGCGGAUGGCCGCUGGCUAUAUGACCUUUUUCGCGGCAUGGACCGCUCGGACGUCAGCCGGCGCACGUCCAACCGGUCGAUGAUGUCGGCGAAGAACUUCCAGCCUGCGCUCGUCUCGUACGCAAAAGGGCUGCACUGGCUCUCGAUCAUGUCUGCCGAGCUCAGCGCGCGUCUGCAAGAAGAGCGCGAAGAGUGCCCGCUGCUGUACCCCCGCUCCCUCGUGCUGCGGUACCUCGUGAGCGGUACAUCCGGCACGCGCAGCCAGCAGAUGCCGUUCGGCUUUGUGCGCAACGAGGAGUUGGCCAAAGAGAUCUACGGCAAGGCCGAGAAACUAUGGAGCCAAGGCAUCGGGCAGAGCUUGGAGCGGGCGACUGGCCCCGACCGUGUCGGUAUAGCCACGCUUUCGCUCUCGUUUGCAGGCUUGGAGCGGCAGUCUCGGGACCAGCAGCAGCUGCAUACCUUUUUUGAGCCGAAGCGGAAGCGCGCGCCGUCCGACGAGGCGCCCGAGCCUGAGCACGAGCCUCUGCCACCCAGGGCCCCCACCGAUGCGCAUACAGAGGCUCCUGCCGAGGCCCCUGCCGAGGCCCCUGCCGAGGCCCCUGCCGAGGCCGCCUACGAAAGAGUCACGGACCAUGAUACCCAAACAGAAAUGGCCCGCUGGUGCUGCCGUCGCUGUGACCACCAGGCAUCUGUCCCGAUGUUUGACGACCCGGACGAGGAGGACGCCCCGCGCCGUAGCUACGAGGUGAUCCUCGACCGCCUGCGCCUCGAGCACGUUCACUGGCACAUGGCACUGGACCUCGCCGCGGACCUAUAG